GUGGCUGCCAUGGCAACCAGAGUGCGGGACCGUGCUGCCUGCUGCGGGGAUAUGGCGGAGCGGGUCUCCCCCAGGGGCCUCGUCCGCUCCGUGUCUCAAAGACUAAAAUAUUACAUUGAUGUGCAAAGAAAAGAAGAUAGUUUUGAUUUAUCUGGAGCUAGCAGGAAUGAGGCUGAAAGUCCCAGUUUCUAUAUGCAUCCUGGAAGCAUUGCUGAACAAAAAUGUGAUCAGUGCCUCAAGCAUAAUUUUACAGAUUGUAAAUUCGAAGCAUCUCUUCGAGUGUAUACAGGAAAUUCUGAAGAAUGUGAAAGAAAAUUACAGAGCAGUCCAGAAAGACAACAGGAAAUGAAGAUCAUCAAAAAAAAAAAUUGGCACAAAAUAAAGAAGCUGCACAGCUUCCCUUCCAGACUAUCUCAAUUUCCUCCUCCCCCAUACACAUCACAAGAAGAAGUCAUGAGGCUCAUUUCAUCAGCUUCAAAGCUAAUUGUUGCGGCAACUUGUGAAAUCUCUUCGGAGGAAAUAAAGAAGCCAGACUGUGCCUUACCCCAGAAGAGGAAAGAAGCUAAAAAUAUUCAAAGAUUGGACCAUUACUGCAAACAGCAUACACCUCCUCUUGUGAUCUCUCCAGAUCCCCAUGAAUAUGACACUAAGAGUACAGGGGAAACGAACAAAUUAGAAGAAUCAAAUGCUGACUUUAUCCAAGAAGAUUCAAGGAAUGAUUAUAGGAAAAGUGGCGUUCACCACAGCCAAAAUAACACGUGUAACAGCCUUCAUCAGAGAACUCAAAGUAACCAGCGCCAAAAAAAGAAGAAAGAUUUGUGUGAAUUAGCUACAGGAAAAAUUACCAAAUCCCAUAAGAUCUGUUUCCAAGGUCCAUUGCAGUUUUCCAGAAAUACUGAACAGAAAUGUAAAUGUGUAAACUUGAAUAGUUGUAACAUAACAAGUGAAUAUGGAAUUCAAACCAUUGCUUCAGAAAGUAAAUCUUUAGAAACUAUGACAUCUCCCAGAGAAUGAAAAUGAAGAACACCUUUCUAGGGUUACACUUGGAGCACCUUCCUUUUUACAUCAAGUUUUCCUGGAAAUGGAGCAAGAUGCAUCACCUACUUCAACUGCAUCUGAGCCUAAAGAUCUGGACAGCAGUUUAGAAAACAAAAAUAUACAAUUAUCUAACCAGCUUUUCAUCCUUAAUGAAUCCACAGGAGACAAGAAGGUUCAGGAUGCUAUCAGUAAUGUACAUACAAGGGACAUUAUUUUAACAGACCCAUGUGAUUGGCAAAUGGCACAUAUCCCACAGAAGCCUCAGUGUUGCUGCACCUGUGCAGAACAACAACGUAACUUUAUAUCUGAAACAUCUGAUGAAGAACAAGACAGUUUCUCAGAUUCAUCUGUGACAGUAACAAGUAUCCUAGGUGCAUCAGAAAAUGAACAGUCAGAGGAGUUCAUUGUAUCAUCUGUAUCUGACAGCCUGCAUCUUAGAUCAUUAUCUGAUGUGCAUGAACAGAUGGUAAGAGCUUGGUGAAAUUAUGUUAUUAAUGUAACAAAACUCUUAAGUGCUUUUUUAAGUAGGCAGCAGUUUCUCUUUCCAUUUGAAACCGCCCCUUUAACAAAAAAGUUGUAAACUGGCUGCUUAAAUCAUAUUAGACCAAAUAUGACAUGUAAAAUUAACAGUCUGGAUGUAAAAACAGCUUUUUAACAUCUUUGAAAAUACUUAAACUAGUGAGGGAUUCAGAAAAAGUGUUUCUCACACUAGUUUCUACAGCCUGUCUACACUUGCAAACUCUAUAGCCUUAAUUCACCAUCAGUACACCCUAGGCUCAGAUGACACAGUAGUAAAAACCACGGAGUCCUAUCCGCAUAACAGCUUUCACUGUUGCUGCCACUGGCAGUGAAUUCUGGCUACAAGGUUUCCUACUAUACACACACCAUCACGGAGACAGGGAAAAUCUCAAAUAGCAACAUAUGGUAAUUCAGCCUGAGUGGCAGUCUGCUCCAAGGUUUAGGAUUGGAAUAAUAGAGGUGUCACCAUUCAGGACUAGAGUUUAAUCUGCAAAUCAUAUAUGUGUCAAAGAUUGACCAGCACCUGCCUUAAUUAGUGCUCUUAGCAUAAAAUCCACCCAGAAAAAUUGGAAGAAGCGCUCACACAGAGCUGCUUUUUUAGCCCUCACUUUUACUCUGAAUGGCAGAUACAAUUUCAGCAAACAGUAUCUCCUAUCCAAAUAAACCAGUAACCUGAUGUAGUCCCAUGCACUUCUGUUGACAUAGUUCAGUGAAAUAAUAUUCCAUUGGUACCAUAGUGCAUCUAGAGGACUUAUGAACUGAUAUAUUAAAGUAGUUGGAAUAUAUGGGCUUAAAGGUGUUAACAUAACUCAGUCACUGUUCAACAUUAAACAGGUUCAGGGUUUGGUAUACAGCCUGCUUUGUACCAUGGCAAACACACCGUUAAAAAUCCUUUCAACCUUUUAUUAAAAAGAUAUAGCAAAGAAAGAAAAGUAGUUAAAGCAUUUGAAAUGUAAAAUAUUAAACAAGGCUUUCAGUUUAACAGCAUUUCUUGUUCCCUUUCACUUUAGCUGGAGAACGGUUUAGAAGGACCUCCCCCCUUUUUCCACAGUUUCUUAGAUGGUAUUAGAGAUGGUAAUAACUGACCUUUUGCGUAAAAGAGAAGAAGUUAGUUGAGAUGAGCUGGAGCUACUUUUGUCAAAAUCCAAUCCCAUUUCAUUCCACGUAGUGUUUGGGAUUCAGCUGGAGCCAGCAGAGGUAGCGAUGGUAUCUGAGUCCCUCUCUCUGGCCCAGUCUGGCCAGGCCAUCUCUCAGGAUUAGGACAAAGAAGGUUCAGGGUCCCAGGAGACGGUCAGGGUGGCUGCCAUAUAGUAAAGCUCACUCCGGUAGCUUCUGUCUGUUCUUCAAUGUUAUAUUAAAGACUUUUCUUUAAGGACCUUAAUUUAGGCCUAAUAUCUCCCACACCAAUUUUGGUUAGUUAAUUUCCAGUUCCACAUCGUGUUUUUACCAAGCUUGCUUUUAACAGUCCUUGAACCAUAUCAGUAGGCCCUUUUGUUCAGGCUAAUUUAGUUUUUCUGUCUCCUUGUUGUACCUUUUCCCAUCAACGUUUAUUAUAGGUUAUUGUGACAUCUUAUGAACUUUCACAUAGUUUUUACAGUUGAGCUCACAGGUAGAGUAAAAUGUUAGGCCCAGUUAUUACAACAGGACCCAAAUGAUGACAAUGCAACUGUCCUGGACAAUGUGAAAUUAGAACAAUUGCAAUGACAGCCCAUCAAGUCUAAUUUAAAACAAAAAUUUCAAGGAGGAAAAUCUUUUAGCAGGUAUUAUCCCAUUUUUUUCAUCCUAGGAAGAAAACAAUUGUGUUGACCGAAAAGAGGAGGAAAACUCUGACUCCAGCAUAGGCCAUCUUGAUCAAAGAGUUCUAGAGGAAAUGCAGAAGAUUAGCACCUCUGACAGGCUUCCAUUUCAGAUAUUAAUAUUUAUUCUACCUGAAAAGAACCAGAUAGGCCGUUAGGUUUCCAUUUCAGGGACCCACAUCUUUGAGCUGGUAUUCAAUAUUGGGGACCUGAUGAUGCCUUCCUUUCUACAGCACUGCAGUAAUCUCACCUGAUGGUAACAAAAUCAUGGAUAACAAUGGGAUGGUUCAAAUUCACAAGAGUGAAUGUAAGAUCCCUCUCAAGUGCAAGAUAAGAAUGAGUAUUACUUAUUCUGCCCCAAGGAACUUAUAAUCUAAAUUGCUAUCUGGCCAUCCAGAAACCGCCCAAGAUCCAACAAAUUCCCCAACCAAACCAAGACAUGACCCAUUAAUCAAAGAUACUGAUAUAAUUUCUGCCAUUUCCUCAGUAUCUUGGUCUUGUCUGGGCUGAGUCUCAGUCUGCUCAGCUCAUAUCUAUGCAUCAGCCUCUGUCAGACAGUGCUAUGAUGCAUUAAAUCUAUGUCACUGAUUUUCAUACUACAGCUCUACAGAUGAAGAAGGGACAGCAAAUAUGGAUCAUGACACGUAAGAGUGUCAAUACCAGUCAUAUUUCCAUCAUUUUCCACAUUACAUUAGUACAUAAAUUAUCAGGUCAGUAGUAAACUGUUAGAAUAAAAAAUGGUUAAAAUCAAACUUAAGAUGCCCCAGUCAGAACUGAUACCAUAUACAAAAAUUAUGGUGUUUCCUUCUCUGAGUUAGUAGGUAUGUAAUGGUAUCUGUUGCUUUAAAGCAUCACAGAUUGCGCUAGUUAAGGCAUAAUAUUUCUCACUUUCAUGACAAAGAACGUGACUUUUAGAGUUCACACACAAAAAAUCAUUUUCUUGAUCUCUCCAUUCAGCUGCUCCCAAGCAAGCCUUCAUACAUUUAAUGGCUAGUGUAGUGGACUGUGGGAUUUUUAAAUGUCUUUAAACCAUUCAAUAUUACUACAUUAAAAAAACAAUUAUUGUAAAAUAAAGGAUAUUUGGCUUCUCAA